CGUCAGUCGGCAUACCGAAGUGGGCGCUGUUGUGGCGGAUCCCGGGUCGUGACAGACUAGUAGCAGGCAGUGUGCUGUAAACAUGGCGGCGUGCACAGCUACAGGGCUGUGCCGAGCACCCCGUUAGUUUUAGGCCGAGACACGGAUUCGACCCAAACAUGGAGACCGAAGAGGAGCAGCACAUCACCACGCUCCUCUGCAUGGGCUUUCCAGACCCCGACGUGAUACGGAAAGCGCUCCGUUUGGCGAAGAAUGACAUUAACGAGGCGGUCGCGCUGCUGACUAACGAAAGCCCCGGUCUCGGUUAUGGAUACGAGCCGAUGGAGAGUGGGCCCGCUCCCGGCUCCAGCACGAGUGGAGACGGGGAGAACAGUGGGCGCACUGGUACUGGAGGAUUCGACCCUCCACCUGCAUACCAUGACGUCGUAGAGAGUGAGAGGAGCAAUGAUGAGAAUGGAAAUUGCUCCGGGGGGAGCAUGGAGUUUCCCACCACCAACCUGUAUGAGCUGGAGAGUCGAGUCUUUACUGACCACUGGUCCAUCCCCUACAAAAGAGAAGAGUCCCUUGGCAAAUGUCUUAUAGCUUCCACCUGUCUCGCCCGGCAUGGACUAGCUGACGCAGAUGAGAACUGCAAGCGGUUCAUGGAUCGGUGCAUGCCAGAAGCCUUUAAAAAGUUGCUCACCAGCAGUGCUGUUCACAAAUGGGGUACAGAGAUUCAUGAGGGAAUCUAUAACAUGCUUAUGUUGCUGGUGGAGUUGGUUGCAGAGAGAGUCAAACAGGACCCUGUCCCUGUCAACCUGAUGGGUGUGCUGUCCAUGGCCUUUAACCCUGACAAUGAAUACCAUUUCAAAAAUCGAAUGAAGGCCUGCCAAAGGAAUUGGGCUGACGUUUUUGGAGAGGAGGCCAACAUGUUUGCGGUUUCUCCUAGCAACAGCUACCAGAAAGAGCCUCAUGGUUGGCUGGUUGAUUUAGUCAAUCAAUUCGGAGAGCUGGGGGGAUUUACUGCCAUUCAGACAAAACUGAACACGGAGGAAAUCGAAAUUGCUUGUGUGUCAGCACUGGUCCAGCCUCUGGGAGUCUGUGCCGAAUACCUGAACCCGAGCCUCGUCCAGCCUAUGCUUGAUCCUGUCAUCCAUAAAAUGAUCACAUAUGUACAGAACCUGGAGGAGAAGGACCUGAAAGAUAAGCGUCUUGUAAGCAUCCCAGACCUCCUGUCAGCCAUCAAGCUGCUGUGUAUGAGGUUCCAGAGAGAGCUGGUUAACGUGGUGGAUGACUUGCGUCUGGACACGCUGCUGCGGAUGCUGAAAACCCCUCAUUUUUCUACCAAGAUGAACUCCCUCAAAGAGGUGACAAAGUUAAUAGAAGAGAGCACUGUGGCAAAAACUGUGAAAAAUGCCAUUGAUACUGACAAGCUUCUGGACUGGCUUGUAGAGAACUCGGUCCUCUCAAUAGCUUUGGAAGGCAAUAUUGAUCAGGCGCAGUACUGUGAGAGAAUAAAGGGAAUCAUUGAGCUUCUCGGCAGUAAACUGUCCCUGGAUGAACUCUCCAAGAUCUGGAGAAUACAGGCCGGUCAGUCAUCAACUGUGAUAGAAAACAUCCACACCAUCAUUGCUGCUGCUGCUGUGAAAUUCAGCUUUGAUCAACUAAACCACCUCUUUGUGCUCAUUCAAAAGAGCUGGGAGGUUGAGAGUGACCGAGUCAGACAGAAGCUUCUCAGUCUGAUCGGAAGGAUUGGUCGAGAGGCACGUUCUGAGACUACAACUGGCAAAGUGCUGGAGGUCCUUUGGGAGCUGGCACAUCUCCCCACUUUACCAACCAGUCUUGUCCAGCAGGCAUUGGAGGAGCACCUGGGUAUCCUGAGUGAUGCCUAUGCUGUCAAGGAGACAGUGAAACGCAGUUACAUCAUAAAGUGUAUUGAGGACAUUAAGAAGAUUCACACUCAGGAGGAUGCUAAAUGCAGCGACACUCAAAGUUCUUUUCUUACGGGCUCUUGGGGAAAGAGGAAAGCUAACUUUUUGGUCAAAGCCUCGCAGCAGAGCAGUCCUCAGUCUGUUUGGGUUGUCCCAGCUCUCCGUCAGCUGCACGAGAUCACUAGGUCUUUCAUCAAGCAGACCUAUCAGAAGCAGGAUAAGAGCAUCAUUCAGGACCUGAAGAAGAACUUUGAGAUUGUGAAACUGAUAACAGGCUCUCUUGUUUGCUGCCAUCGUCUGGCUGUGACUGCUGCUGGAAACAACUGUCUCUCAGGCUCCACCCUCGUGGAUGGACGGUACACAUAUCAGGAGUAUCUGGACAGCCACUUGCGAUUCUUGGCCUUCUUCCUCCAGGAAGCCAGCCUCUACCUGGUUUGGAACCGGGCCAAAGAAAUCUGGGAGUGUUUAGUAUCUGGACCAGAUGUUUGUGAGCUUGACCGUGAGAUGUGUUUUGAGUGGUUCACCAAGGGACAACAUGACCUUGAGAGUGAUGUUCAACAACAGCUCUUCAAGGAGAAAAUACUGAAGCUGGAGCCCUAUGAGAUCACCAUGAAUGGUUUCAAUCUGUUUAAGACGUUCUUUGAGAAUGUUAAUCUUUGUGACCAUCGACUUAAACGCCAGGGGACCCAGCUGUGUGUGGAGCGCCUUGACCUGGCAGGAAUGGAUUUUAUAUGGCGUAUUGCCAUGGAAACCCCUGAUGAAGAGAUCGCCAAUGAAGCAAUCCAGCUGAUAAUCACAUACAGCUACACUAACCUCAAUCCAAAAAUGAAAAAGGAUUCUGUGUCUUUGCACAAGAAAUUUAUUGCUGAUUGUUACAAGAGACUGGAGGCUGCGAGUUCAGCCUUGGGAGGCCCAACUUUGACGCAUGCUGUUACUAGGGCAACCAAGAUGCUGACAGCCACUGCCAUGCCGACUGUGGCUACAUCUGUGCAAUCACCUUCCAGAUCCACCAAACUGGUAAUCAUAGAAAGACUGCUGCUCCUGGCAGAACGCUACGUCAUUACUAUUGAGGAUAUGUACUCAGUCCCUCGCACUAUUCUACCUCACGGGGCCUCCUUCAACGGACACCCAGUCACCCUCCACAUAACCUACGAGUCAACCAAAGACACUUUCACUUUAGAGACUCACAGUAAUGAGACAAUAGGAAGUAUCCGAUGGAAGAUAUCUGAGCACUUGAGCUGCCCGGUGGAUAAUGUCCAGAUUUUUGCCAACGAUAGCGUGCUGACCAUGAACCGGGACCAAAAGUUGCUGUCCCAGCUUGGCUUCAAUGACGAACAGAGUCUGACUGUGAAGAGUUCAGGCACUGGUACUCCCUCUGGCAGCUCUGAGUCCUCUGCUUCUGCCUCUAGUAGUUCCAGCUCUGCUGUCUUCAACUCUGCCUAUGCCCUGGAGCAGGAAAAAUCGCUUCCAGGUGUUGUGAUGGCGUUGGUGUGUAAUGUUUUUGAGAUGCUCUACCAGCUGGCAAAUUUGGAUGAAACCAGGAUUACUCUCCGAGUACGAAAGCUGCUGCUGCUAAUACCAACAGACCCUGAGGUUCAGGAUGCACUUGACAACUUUGUUCCCAAAGAAUCCAGCGUCUGGAGUCAUCAGAAAACCCUCUUUACUCUGGGCCAAGGAACUGGCUCUCGGUCGCCGUCUAUGACAUCUAAACAGCAGCACCAGCCCAGUGCAGCGUCUAUCUUGGAGUCUCUGUUCCGAUCUUCAGCUCCGGGCAUGUCCACCUUCAGAGUCCUUUACAAUCUUGAGGUUUUAAGUUCAAAACUUAUGCCAACCUCUGACGAUGAAAUGGCUAAAACCAGCAGCAAGUCCUUCUGUGAGAAUUUCCUCAAAGCAGGCGGCCUCAGUCUGGUUGUUAAUGUGAUGCAGAGAGACUCCAUCCCUUCUGAGGUGGACUAUGAAACCAGACAAGGAGUUUACUCCAUUUGUCUCCAGUUAGCCAGAUUCCUCCUUGUGGGACAAAGCAUGCCUGCUUUGCUUGAUGAUGAUGUCAUCAGGGAUGGUGAGGCGUUAUCGUCCCGUCCAUUUCGUAAUGCUGGACGAACCGGACGGCAGUUAUCUCUUUGUGGGACCCCAGAAAAGUCCUCCUACAGGCAAAUGUCUUUGUCUGAGCGCUCCUCUAUCCGAGUGGAGGAAAUCAUACCUGCUGCUCGUGUUGCCAUUCAGACAAUGGAGGUUGGUGACUUCACCUCCACGGUGGCCUGUUUCAUGCGUCUGACAUGGGCAGCAGCAGCUGGACGUCUAGAUCUUGUCGGAAGUCCUCAGCCAAUCAGAGAGACGCACAGCUCUCAUCUGACGCAAGGUGUCCGCACACGAGUCAGCAGCACAGGGAGCAAUUGUAGUUCGAGCAGUGAGGGGGAGACCGCUCCAACAGCAUUGCAUGCUGGGAUUUGUGUGAGACAGCAGUGUGUCUCCAUCAAAGAUACCAUCAUUGCCCGGGAAGCUCUGUCUCUCUUGGUGACCUGCCUACAAUUGCGCUGUCAGCAGCUGUCCUCCUUUUAUAAUCUUCCCUCUGUCAAUGAUUUCAUCAUUGACGUGUUGCUGGGAUCUACCAGUGGAGAGAUCCGACGUGUAGCUUGUGAUCAGUUUUACACACUUAGCCAGUCUGACACAUCGGCCUUCCCUGAAGUUCAGAAACCCAACUUGUUUCUGCUGUCAGUUGUGCUCACUGCUCAGCUACCAUUAUGGAGUCCGACAUCAAUCAUGAGAGGGAUCAACCAAAGACUUCUCUCUCAGUGCACCGAGUAUUUUGACCUUCGAUGUCAACUUUUGGAUGAUCUUACGACUUCAGAGAUGGAGGUGUCAAAAGUGAGCACUGCAACUAUGCUGGAGGACGAGAUUUCCUGGCUGGACAACUUCGAGCCCAGCUGGACCUCUGAGAUGGAAACCAGUGAGGCCGACAACAUCCUUCUCGCUGGGCACCUGCGACUCAUCAAGACUUUGCUCUCACUCUGUGGCAACGAGAAGGAACAUCUUGGUCCCUCUUUGAUCCAGCAGUUGUUGGAUGACUUCUUGUUUCGAGCCUCUCGGAUCAUUAUCAACAGCUCCAAUCCGACUUCUUCUCCAGCACCAAGCCAUGACUUUCAUCCCAAGUGCAGCAGUGCGAGCAGCAGACUGGCAGCCUAUGAGGUUCUUGUGAUGUUGGCAGACAGCUCUCUCUCCAACUUGCGUCUCAUCACAAAAGAGUUACUCUCUAUGCACCACCAGUCAGAUCCCUCACUAUGCAAGGAGUUUGAUUAUCUCCCACCUGUUGAAAGCCGCUCUGUCUCAGGUUUUGUUGGAUUGAAGAAUGGUGGAGCCACGUGUUACAUGAAUGCUGUUUUCCAGCAGCUUUACAUGCAGCCUGGUCUGGCAGAGGCUUUCCUGUCCAUCGAGGACGACACAGACCAACCUGAGGAGAGUGUCUUUUACCAGGUCCAAUCUUUGUUUGGUCACCUGAUGGAAAGCAAACUCCAGUACUAUGUGCCUGAGAACUUCUGGAAGAUCUUCAAGAUGUGGAAUAAAGAACUGUAUGUUAGAGAACAACAGGAUGCUUAUGAGUUCUUCACCAGCUUGGUGGAUCAGCUUGAUGAGCAUCUUAAGAAAAUGGGUCGAGAGCAAAUCUUCAAGAAUACAUUUCAGGGUAUUUUCUCAGACCAGAAAAUCUGCAAAGAUUGUCCUCAUAGGUACGAGCGUGAAGAAACAUUCAUGGCUCUGAACCUUGGAGUGACAUCCUGCCAGAGUUUGGAGAUCUCAUUAGACCAGUUUGUUCGUGGAGAGGUUUUGGAGGGCAGCAACGCGUAUUACUGUGAGAAGUGCAAAGAGAAGAGAACCACAGUGAAGAGGACGUGCAUUAAGUCUCUGCCCAGCGUUCUCUGUAUCCACCUCAUGCGCUUUGGCUUUGACUGGGAGAGUGGACGGUCCAUCAAGUAUGAUGAACAGAUUAGGUUUCCCUGGGUGUUGAACAUGGAACCAUACACUGUUUCCGGAAUGGCCCGUCAAGACUGCAGUGGAGAGGCAGGAGAAGGGCGGGGUGAUGGGACUUCUGGAAGUUCUCCAAGGAAGAAAGUUACCAUUUCUGAGAACUAUGAACUGGUGGGAGUUGUCGUCCAUAGUGGUCAAGCUCACGCAGGACACUACUACUCUUUUAUCAAAGACAGACGUGGCAGCGCCCGCGGUCGAUGGUACAAGUUCAAUGACAACGUUGUGGAGGAGUUUGACAUGAACGAUGAAACUCUGGAGUAUGAAUGCUUUGGCGGGGAAUACCGACCAAAAGUAUAUGAUCAAUCCAACCCCUACCCUGAUGUUCGGAGAAGAUACUGGAACGCCUACAUGCUAUUCUACCAAAAGAUCAGCGAUCAGAACUCACCAGUGGUACCAAAGAAAAGCAGAGUCAGCAUUAUGAGGCAGGAAGCAGAGGACCUCACAUUAUCUGCACCGUCGUCUCCUGAUGUGUCGCCGCAGUCCUCCCCUCGCCCCUCCAGGGCCAACAAUGACCGCCUCACCCUCCUCACUCGAUUGGUUCGAAAAGGAGAGAAGAAGGGCCUUUUUGUUGAGAAGAUGCCUGCCAGCAUCUAUCAGAUGGUGCGAGAUGAGAACCUCAAGUUCAUGAGGAACAGAGACGUCUAUAACAGCGACUACUUCAACUUCACACUCUCGCUGGCCUCUGUGAAUGCUACCAAACUGAAGCAUCCAGACUACCAGGCAAUGGCUAAAGAGAGUCUCCAGCUGGCUGUUCACUUCCUCCUUCAUACUUUCUUGCACACCAAAAAGAAACUUCGGGUGGACACAGAGGAGUGGAUGGCAACCGUGGAGGUGCUGCUCUCCAAAAGCAGUGAAGCUUGUCAGUGGAUGGUGCAGUACCUUGUGGGCCAAGAGGGACGAGAAAUCACAAGGGUUUGUCUGCUGGAGUGUAGUCUCAGAGAAGUGCGGGUGGUGGUGGCAUCCAUUCUCGAAAAGACGCUAGAGAGUGCGCUUCAGUUUGGGGAUCCUGGGCUGGACAACUUAAUGGACGCUUUGCUCUCUUUAUUGGACAAAGACGUUCCUGAGAAUGUGAAGAAUUGUGCUCAGUACUUCAGCCUGUUCAGCAACUUUGCUCAAAGGGGUUGUGGGCCAUGCCAGUUAUUGUUAAAGCACUCAGCUUAUCGCCGAAUGCUCAUAUUUCUGUUGGGACCUAAUCGACAGAACAACCAGAACCGGCGCUGGAGUCCAGCUCAGGCUCGAGAGUUCCUCCACCUUCACAGCACCCUGGCUCUCAUCACCCUGCAUUCGGACCUUGGCCCACAAAGAACUCACACUGUUGGAGAAUUUAAACCACUUGAGAGGAGCAUCUCAUCUUCAACUCAACUUCUUCCACUUCACCCGGACAUCCUGGCCUCUGUCUUUACUCCGGAGGGGCAGCCGUACCUGUUAGAGGUCAUGUUUGCCAUGCGUGAGCUGUCAGGUCCACUGUCGCUGCUGAUCGAGAUGAUGACUUACUGCUCGUACUGUAAUGAGCCAUUCUCUCAGGGGAUCCUGCAGUUACUCAAGACGCAGCUGGAGUCCGCUCCGCCUCAUGAACUCAAGAACGUGUUUCAGACGCUGCAGGAGCUCCUGGUCGUGGAAGAUCCGCUGCAGUCCCAGAGACUGAAGUAUGCUUUUGAGUCGGAGAAAGGUCUUCUAGCUUUGAUGCACCAGAGCAAUAACGUGGACAGCAGGCGCUGCUACCAGUGUGUCAAGUUCCUGGUCACAUUAGCCCAGAAGUGUCCUCCAGCAAAGGAUUACUUCAAGGACCUCUCUGGACACUGGAGUUGGGCUGUUCAGUGGCUCCAGAAAAAGAUGACAGAACACUACUGGACACCACAGAGCAACGUGUCCAAUGAGACGUCCACAAACAAGACCUUCCAGCGCACCAUCUCUGCACAGGACACUCUGGCCUAUGCCACUGCUCUGCUGAACGAAAAGGAGCAGUCGGGCAGCAGCAACGGUUCUGACGGCAGCCCGGCUAAUGAAAACGCUGAUCGCAGCCUUCGACAGGGCUCUGAGUCUCCAAUGAUGCUGGGUGAUUCCAAGAGCGAUCUGGAAGACGUGGACCCGUAACUUUUCCCGCCGGCUCGGAUCCUUCCAGAGCAGCAGGACUCCAGAGAGUCCGUGGAGAAAAGGGCUGCACUUUACCUCUGAUUGGUCGGGACAAUUAAGACUCCACCGUAGGCCAAUCGUAGGAACACUCUUUCUCUUGGUCGCCAUGGCAACGUAGGAGCAAUGAAUAAAUCAUCAACGACUUCCUUUCGGCGCGACGACGGAGACGCAUUAUCAUUAAGGGCCGCAGAGGUGAUGACGGGGAACCUUCCACAAUCAUGGAUGACUUGAGUUUAUCCUUUUUUUUUAUUCAUUCACUCAGAAUGAGGCGAGUUCCAGGACGGCUUGGGUUGUGUUUUAACAAUGUUCUGCUCAUAUUUGCCAAUGUAUCGACAUUGAUAUUGUAAAGAUUUCUUCCAUUGAUGUAUGAUGAUGUUUUAAAUCCUCCUGUGCUUAGCCAUGAAGUCGGAGCCCACAGCAGGCGCACUUACACUCAUAGAAACACAAGCACGUGGGAGGGAUGGGGGUCAUGUAUGCACUUUAUAGUCCGGCCCAGUCUAUCGAGAAGAACAGCAGCUGUGCUCACUUCCUCCUGUGCUCGUGCGCUUGUUUCUUUUUUUCUUUUUUCUUUUUCUUUUGCAGUCUUUUUAGUGCCACUUAUGCAGACGCACAGAUGCCCCCGCUGCCUGUGAUUUAACCACUGACCCCAAAAGGGUGCGGUGAAGACCGUCAGCACGUCUUGAGUCCAACUGUGCCAAGGUCAGCACAUCCAGCCUCCGUGUGCUGGAUGCUCCGUUAUUCUACUUUUCCUUUUGUUUUGUGUCUUCAAGUGGGAAAAAGCUUUCGCGAGGAAAGUUGAGCGACUUAAGCCUUAUGCAAGAUAGCGCACACAGAUCUGUGGAGGGGGGGCACCAGCGCCCUCUGGUAGGAGCAUAUUUUAUUUCAAGGUGCCAAGGACAUUCUCACAGUUAUGCUGCAUUCACUGACAUACAGGGCUGGUCCUCCUCGACCCACCGUUACCUCUUCUUUAUCAGGUUUCAUUUGUCUUUGUCUUUUUGCUUUAACGUCUUUGUUCUCAUCCGCCAUGGGAAGCACACACACACACACACAGGAGAAGCAAAUGUAGCCGCCAAAACCCCAGCUGCAACCCAAGGAAUCACUGUCAUCAAACCAACCCUCGGGAGACUUGAAGUGCCUUACCCUCCCGCGUUCUAAACCGCCCCGCUUUGACGGGAUGUGCUCCGCUGGGCUCUUCCUCCGUGUGUGACCGAGGACUGUUGGAAUGUACGCGUUGCAUUUCUGGGUGUCAGGAUGAUCAAAUGCUGCUUGGUGACCAUGAGGAUCUUUAAAUUGCUGAGCAGCUAUAUCUGGUUCAUGUUUACAGUGCGAGGACCUGCAAGUCCCCCCCCACCCCCCGAUCAGUCAUUGUGCUCCUCACCAUCUCUCGUGUGCUGUCUGUCUCACACGCUGUGAAUGUCACUGUUACGGCACAUUUGCAUGCGAUUCAUGACGUGGUGCUGAAGUUUGUAUUGUCUGUGUGACGGAGGAAAAUCAGCCCCCCGUGUUGUUUGCAGUGUAAUUGGAUCAUUAGCACUUACCGUCACAUUCACCCAGACCGGUUGGCUGUCUUCUGAUGGAGCAGCGUGAAGUCUGCGCAGCCACCGGGCUGGUGCGGAAACUCGACUUCUGCCGGGUUCCCACUCUGCCACAUCACCACAAGCACUUGAGGUGGAGAAAACUUCAGUUUUAUCGCGGGGAGGGGGCGGCGGGAGGCGAGGGUUCGGCACCUGUACGGGUUUUUACUGUCACUCACAAUCAAGGCCGGAUUCUGUAUCGCAUGUCGACUCAUUUUUAAUUUGUACAUCAAAAUUUGAUUAUGGGGAAUUUGAUAUGAAAUAAACUGGAAUGCACAACCUUUUGUAAACAUUGUUUUUCAUGUUUGUUUAUGGAUCCGUGCACCAACAUGUUUGUGUGUACCCUCGUGGCUCAUCGUCCUCUGUGAGCAGGUGAGCUCCACCUGACAGAGCCCCCGCCUCUCUCCGAAGGUGUCGUGCCGUGAAGGUUCAAGUCCUCCACUUGUGAUCAUGGCUGUAUUUUUCAGUCUGUUUUCUAGAACUGUGGACUUGUAAAGCUGCUGAACACAGUUGAGUGCUCAGGUCAGUCAAAUGUGUUUUUAUCCAAGUAUAAAUCAA